AAAAUUAAAAUAUAAACUCUACAAAACGGUGACCAUUUAUUUGUGAAAAAUUGUAUAAAAGGUGUUAAAACAUGUUAAAUGUGCGUGCUUUGAAAAUAUAAAUAAAGAGGGGACAAUUCGAUCGACGUAUAAUAGAAAAAGAUGCCGCAUGCGUGUGUAGAGUUUGACUGGCCCAGCCAUGUUCGGAUCUAAUCACCUGAUUAUCAGAAAGUAAAUAUUUACGAGAAGUUAGUGCGAAUCGUGCUGUAGCGGUUCGCGUAAUAUGGUUGUUUCCCGACGAUAACGUUCCUUUAAAAUUAUACAUCGUAUCGAUGUAACCGGAUUUCAAACGUCGGCAAAGAGAGAAAAUAUGGGUGUUAACAGUAGCAAAAAAUUGGCUGCCAAGUGUUCCUUCCUAUCAAAAGACGAACAGGUUAUAGUAAGCAACUCAUUUAAAUUUGCUAGUAAAAAUUCCGAAAAAAUUAAAGAAGAUGAACUCACGAAAUUGUGGGGAAGUCAAAUGGAUGCUCGUUUAUCGCAGUACAUUAAUAAUUAUUUAUUUGGAAAAUCGGAUGUUCGAUUACAAACGGUGGAAUUAGAGAAAUUUGCUGAGUUAUAUGUGUUUUGUACCAGGGGGACAGUCGAUGAAAAAUUAAAGGUACUUUUAUCCUCGUUGGGAAAAGAUAUGGAUAGUAAUGUGGAUAUAUCAUAUGUAUUAGUUAAAGAGUACGUUGAAAGUAUAGUUUCAACCUAUAUGCGUAUACAAAAAUUAUCAAACACAAAACAAUUUAAGAGUUGGCAAUCAAGAGGUUGUUUUAUAUCGCCUCAAAAUGUUCAAAGAUUAGCGGAAUGUUUAACGCACGAUUUAGCGAAAGGUGAUCAGAUAAAUCGAAGAGCAUUAGAAUCUUGGUUGCAAGGAGCAACUUUACUGGGACAGCUUCUUAUAUUCGUAUUUAAACACCUUUACAGUAUAUCUCACCGUGAAAAAUUGGUGGGAACUGAGAAAAGUCUUUCAAGCCAGUCGGACGACGUGCCACAGCUCAACGCCGAAAGAGACCGGAGCUUAGUGCCUUUUUGUAAAGGUCUCGACCUGAUUCCGUCUUAUCCGAGUAUUUUGGACAUGAAUCAAAUCGUCUUUAUCAACGCUCAUUUGCCGCAACAGUACCAAUUGGAGUGGCGAUUUUUGUUUUCAUCGGAAAUUCACGGCGAAUCAUUUUCGACUUUAAUAGGUAGAAUAGUUAAUCAAGGACCUUCGGUUCUCAUUCUUGAAGAUCAAAACGGACACAUGUUUGGUGGUUUUGCACCUGCUAAUUGGACAUUGGGACCGAAUUUUUUCGGAGAUGAUAGUAGCUUUUUAUUUACUCUAGUACCAAAAAUGAGAGUGUUUCCCACGACUGGUUACAAUCAACACUUUCAAUAUCUAAAUUUACAUCAACAAACUCUGCCGAACGGAUUGGCGAUGGGUGGUCAACAUGGUUAUUGUGGUAUAUGGUUAGAUGAAGAUUACGGAAAUGGGCACACCAGCGAAUCUUGCACGACAUAUUCUGGUUAUUUUCAAAUGUCGCAUACGAAACAGUUUACUUAUCGCCAUUUAGAAGUUUGGGGGUUAGGCUCCCCACCUCCUACACCUCAAGAAAGGGGAGAACGCGUUGGAAUGAGCGUUUUAGAUGGAAACGUUGAAAGCAAGGCUUUAUUAAAAAUGGCAGGAAGACAGAUGCACAGCGAAGGAGUAAGAGAUCCAACUCCACCUAAUUAAGGCUCAAUUUUUUCCAUUCAAAAUUUUGUGCCAAACUCUCAAAAGGGAACGUUAAUAAAAAGGAUUUUUAAAAACAAAGAUUUUGAAUAGGUAACAAAAGAUAACUAAGGAGGGGGAAAUAGGAAUAUAGCACAAUUUUAAAAGGUAAAACAAAAUAAACACAGAAUUUUUAUAUUAAAUAAUAAGAUAAUUAUUAUUAUACGAUACGUAUUUUGUUAUAUUCAAACAUUUAUGUUUGUUUAUAACUAAAAUCGAUUGUUAUUUGUCAACACGAAAAAGAAUUGCUUAUGUAUAAGUAUUUUCACUUACUCUAUCGCAUUUAUAUACAAAAAAAAUACUUACAGUGAUGAAGAAUGUAUAAUUGAAUGUUAAUAGUGGUCACUAUUAAUGUUUACUUAUAAUUCAAAGAAAUGGAUAUAUUAAAACAACAAAAUUAAAAUAAAAAACUCAUUUUCAAUUUAUAUCUCAAACGUUUCAAGUUCCAUUGAUAUAAAAUACAAAGAGAAAAACGAUAUUUACAAAAUAAAUUCUAGUCAAACCUAACGGUCAUUGAUAAAUUUGUGAUUUAAAUUUUAACAACAAAGAAGCACGAAUAUUCCUAAAUUAUUAUUAACAUAAAAAAAGAAAAUGUUAACUAUAUUAUUAUAGCUCUCAGUAAAUUAUUUAUUGCGUUGUGUUAGAGGUUAAUUAUAUUAUUGUUGUUACCAUCAUUAUUACAUAAUCACAUUAAAGUUAUUAGUUAAGUUAUUUCUAGUCUAUUUGAAUGACGAAAUUAUUUAACUUGGUGAGUUGCUGUUCGUAUAUUUUAAAUAUUUCCGUUAAUUAAAAAAAGAAUAAUAUUUUAUUUUUCAUUCUUGUAUUAUAUUAAUAAGUAUAACAACCUAUAAAAAAUAACAUAGUAACUUUUAUGCAAAAAAUUGUCCAAAGAGCACAACUUCGAUUUUUGUAAAUGGUGCGCUUCAUUCACGUUUUCACGAAAUUAAAUUGAAAAACAAAUCAUUAUAAUAUUUAAACGAGAAUAUAAAUUUAACGCUUAUCUUAUUUAUUGAUGGGUACUAUUGAUUGUUGUCGUUGUUUCUGUUGGCGUACAUUUACGUGAGAGUUUAUUUGAAAGUGUAUUUAUUAUGUGUUUAAAAUAAAACUGACAUGGAAAAAUA